GAAGGCUAGGUGGAGGAGCUCCUGCGGCUGCUUCUGAGUGAGGAUCUGGAGGGCUGGAGCGUUCUGCUCCCGUUCUUCCCUUCUGGAGGCCAUUCCUCCAUUUUUAAACCCAAAUAAAGAGGGGGCGCUGGGCUAAGCCGGUGUAAGUCACUCGGCGCAGCAGACCUCGAUUCGGCCUCUGGCUGAGGCCGGAGAGGUGGCCUUAGGGGACGCUGAAGUUACACUGUGGCGGGCGGGGAAGGGUCUCCAAGCUCCUCUCCAAUCACGGCGGCUGCUGAAGCUAUUUGCAUAUAUUAUGCUAAUAGGGACCUCCCGCUCCGCUCCCACCCGCGCUCCCGCCCUCUCGUGGGUCCGGGCGGGCUGGGCGAAGGUGAAUACAUUAUGCUAAUAAGGAGGCUCCUGCGGGAGGGGGCGGGCCGUGCUGGAGGCGCGCGCGCACGGUCUCACACGCGAGCAUCCCGGGGUAUUUAAGGCUCGCACACGGGCGGCUGCGGAGCUACUUCUGGGGCCUCGCGGCUCGCGAUUGCUGCUUGGGUCAUUGGGUUCUCCCCUCUCCUCUAUCCCUCUGGCCACCCCUCGGGGGCCGCGCUCUCGCCGCGUCUCUCUGCAUUUCUUUUUCCUGUUGGCCUUGAACGGAUCCAGGUGGGAGACAGGUCGGCGUGUGAAAAGCCCCGGAAUAGGUAGAGCUAGGCAGACAGACGCAACAGGUCGGAGCAGGGAGAGGGGCCGGCGGACCCUGCGCCUCCGCGCGGGGGGGGGACCACUAAGGAGGUGUCGGAUCUUGAGGGGUCAGAAAAGCUGCCCUGGUGGGCUUGAUUUCAGCUGUGACCCCCCCGGCGCCACACAGCCCCCGGCCAGAGGGGGCUUUUCACUCUCAGCUGGAAGGGGAGAAAGAAUCAGGAGGAUGGUCCACGCCUGCUGCUGAUCCGGACGCCGAGCCAAGCUCAGGUCCACCUCCGAGCGGGGGGGGGGGGGGGGGGGGGCUCCGACUCCACCAACUAGUUGUGCAGCCGCGGGGACUGAACUUUGGAGGCACCGGCCCUUCCUCUCCUUUUAAGAUAAUUGGAGGAGGUAGAGGGGCUGAAGGCGUAAGGGAGGCCGGCGACCCCGCCACGAUGUUGGUGAAGAAGCUUGCAGGGAAAGGAGGGGGACGAGAGCCUGGAUCAGAAGAUCCGCGCCCCUUGGGACAGCGUUGUGCCGGCACCAUGGCCUCGUGCGCGGCCCUGGCGACCCUCCUGUCAGUGGUGGCUGUGGUUUCUUGCUUGUAUCUUGGGGUGAAAACCAACGACCUCCAAGCGAGGAUUGCUGCUCUUGAAUCUGCUAAAGGAACCCCUUCCUUUCGUCCGCUGCCUGACACCCUCGAUGAGCUGAAGGCUAUGGUUCAGGAGAAAGUGGAGCGUCUCUUGGCACAGAAAUCCUAUGAACAUAUGGCUAAAAUAAGAAUCGCAAGAGAGGCAUCUUCAGAGUGCAACUGCCCAGCAGGUCCUCCGGGGAAGCGAGGGAAGAGGGGCCGAAGAGGAGAGUCUGGUCCUCCUGGUCAGCCUGGUCCCCAGGGUCCCCCUGGUCCAAAAGGUGAUAAGGGAGAACAAGGUGAUCAGGGGCCUCGGAUGGUGUUUCCUAAAAUCAAUCAUGGCUUUCUCUCUGCUGAUCAGCAGCUCAUUAAACGCCGGCUGAUUAAGGGUGACCAAGGACAGGCAGGGCCUCCAGGACCCCCAGGCCCUCCUGGUCCAAGAGGCCCACCUGGGGACACAGGGAAGGACGGUCCCCGAGGAAUGCCAGGAGUGCCCGGUGAACCAGGGAAACCAGGAGAACAAGGCUUGAUGGGACCUCUGGGGCCUCCAGGACAAAAGGGUUCCAUCGGAGCACCUGGGACCCCAGGCAUGAAUGGGCAAAAGGGUGAGCCUGGAUCACCUGGAGCAGCAGGGCAAAGUGGACUCCCGGGACCAAAGGGGGAGCCUGGAAAAGAAGGAGAAAAGGGAGAUGCUGGAGAAAAUGGUCCCAAAGGUGACUCAGGUGAAAAGGGUGACCCUGGAUCGUCUGCUGCAGGAAUUAAGGGAGAACCUGGAGAAUCUGGUCGUCCAGGACAAAAGGGUGAGCCAGGGCUGCCUGGACUGCCUGGACUCCCGGGGAUCAAGGGAGAACCAGGCUUCAUUGGUCCUCAAGGAGAGCCCGGCUUACCAGGGUUACCAGGAACAAAAGGUGAACGUGGAGAAGCAGGGCCUCCUGGGAGAGGUGAACGAGGGGAUCCUGGAGCCCCAGGCCCAAAGGGGAAACAAGGUGAAUCAGGAGCUAGAGGCCCAAAGGGGUCAAAGGGUGAUCAUGGAGAUAAAGGAGACUCUGGAGCUCUGGGACCACGGGGUCCACCUGGGCAAAAGGGAGAUCCAGGAGCUACUGAGAUCAUAGACUACAAUGGCAACCUCCACGAGGCCUUACAGAGGAUCACCACCUUAACUGUCACGGGCCCCCCUGGACCUCCUGGACCUCAAGGACUACAAGGGCCAAAGGGUGAGCAAGGAUCUCCAGGAAUUCCCGGAGUUGAUGGAGAACAGGGACUCAAAGGCUCAAAGGGAGAUGUGGGGGACCCAGGUAUGCCAGGUGAAAAAGGAGGAAUUGGCCUUCCUGGACUCCCGGGUGCCAAUGGAGUGAAAGGAGAGAAAGGAGACUCUGGGUUGCCAGGUCCUCAGGGUCCUUCUAUCAUAGGCCCCCCAGGCCCUCCAGGUCCCCAUGGCCCGCCUGGCCCCAUGGGACCCCAUGGACUUCCUGGACCAAAGGGAGCAUCUGGCUUAGACGGGAAGCCAGGAUCCCGGGGUGCAGAUGGUCCUAUAGGACCCCAUGGCCCUGCAGGUCCCAAAGGAGAAAGAGGAGAAAAAGGAGCUGUGGGAGAGCCUGGACCCAGAGGGCCCUAUGGGCUGCCUGGCAAAGAUGGAGAGCCUGGUCUUGAUGGCUUCCCUGGUCCUCGAGGCGAGAAGGGUGACCUGGGAGAAAAGGGAGAAAAGGGAUUCCGUGGCGUUAAGGGGGAAAAGGGGGAGCCAGGCCAGCCUGGCCUGGAUGGGCUGGAUGCCCCUUGCCAAUUGGGACCUGAUGGAUUACCCAUGCCUGGCUGCUGGCAAAAGUGAUGGAUCUAACCUUCUAAGCAUGAAGUUGUGUAUAUAACGGUCCACCUUUUAUAUUUAUAGUUGAAAACUGAGUUGCAGAUUUUCCAAGUGUGGAAUCUGCUCGCCUGGCACUGCUUCCCCCUGUUCACAGUAAUGCAGACGUCCAUCUUUUCUCACAUCUGAGGUUAGGCAGUUCACAGAAGGAAAGAUAGACCAGUGUCUCUAUUUUAUGUGAACAUGUGUAUUUAUAUGGACAUCAGUGAUAAAGGAACGAUUGCUCUCGCUAUUUUCUUAUUCGGGGCCUGUUAAUUGCAUGGACAAAGAGUGCCAUGAAAUAGUUUACAUGAAACUGUGACCAAAUACGGACUCAAAGCGAUGAACAUGUAGCGCACAUUCCUAGCAGCAUUCAUUCAUUCACGCCCACACCACCUACUGAAACUGACUAAAAACAGCAUGACCGUGUGCCAGCCUGCUUGUGUAAACACAGAUGCUUGCAUGCUGCCUUCCGAGUUCUUUGACGACAUCUGAGCUUUUGUCCCUUUGUCGUCCCAAGGGGGUUACACCGUGGCUAAUCGCCAAAAAGAGAUAAGUUGAUGGAGAGCACCCACACAGUUGGUCUUAUAUUUUGAGGGAGUUGCAGUCCCGACUGCAGAUCCACAGCUCCUAAUAAAGCGGGCUCCUGUGACCGCCUUGGUUGAAAUACCAAAGGGUGGAGCCGAUUACUACCACUAGUUUUCCUUGGGCUGCGCUUGGCAGUGAAGACGCCGGAAGAGGACCGGUUAAGCAUCCUGCACUGUCUUUCGUGUGACCAAGUUGGAAGGAGGUUUAUAACCAUGAACACCCAGAACAGCAGGAAUUGUUUUUCUAGAUGAACUGACUUCCCAGAGGUGUUGAUCAGAGUGCUUUGGGGAAAUGUCAGAGGUAAUGCGGCAGUGUUCUGGAGACGGCGGAGCCUUGGAAUGGAAGUCCCCAUUUGUGCAGAUUGAAAGGUGUGGACAUCCCAUCAGAGCUCAGGUUGCUGAAGAGAGACUAUGUCCCAAGAAGGGAUCAGACAUAAUAAGCUGUGCUGCAAAUGCUGGGAAGUUCCUUGUGCUCACUCAACCAAAGGUGGCCAGAAAGCAUCCCUCUCUCCCUCCCUUCUGGGGUUGACCCAUACCAAAUGUUUUGCUACAAGUUCUAGAAACAAGAUGUAGUUUCCAUUCUUUCUCAUACUUUUUCUUUUCCUAGUCCAGGAACAGAAAAUAUUUGCUUCAGUUUGGGUCUCAUAGUUUUUAAAGAACAUUUUUUAAGAAAAGUUUUCAAAUCUUAGUAAUUUGAAUCCAAUAGUAAAAAUAACCUUUUAACAUCUCCUUUUUGUUUGUUUAUUUGUUUGAGAUAAUUGAGGAGAUUAUAGGGAGGCUUCAUUUUUUACUUAAUCAUUAUAAAGUAUGAAGAUUAAGCAUUUUCCACUACUUUUUGAUUUACAUUGACAAAAUUUACCUGUCAGUUAUUGUAGAGUUAGGAUUUUAUCACAUUUAAUGGCAUGAACUUGCUUCUUGUAAGUUUUUUCUGUAUUGAAGUUUAUUUCUCAAGUUUUGUUUUUACAUUUCUAAGUGUUUGUCUUAUACACAGACCAAAUUUGAGAUCUCAGAAAGCCCUGAAAUACAGUUGCCAGAAAAAGGGUCUUGUUUUUACCAGAUUGCUCAAAACCUACCUACGCAGACUUAGACUUACUCUUUGCCGAGUCUGUGGCAUGUUUUGAAAUGACUUAUUCUAAGUGGAAGGAUUGCCUGGGAAAAGCACCAUCCGUGGGAGCAGUGAUCCUAGCAGCUCCUUAGAGAAUUUCAUUUCCCUUGGUGAUUAAAUGUCAUUUUUGUGGGAACAUUUCUAGUUUGGGGUUUGGAUUUUCACCCCCCACAGAGAAAAUUAGUUCAUGCUUAGGAUCACAACAAAGAAGAUACAAUUUCAAAGCAGAUCUUAAGAUGUCUUUCAUAUCGUGUAAGCAAAUGCUCAAUCAUACAAAUGAUAUCAUCUUUUUUCUUUAUGUCAUUUCUGAGGUUAGAAUUUAAAUGUUAAAUCAGACUAUCUGGUAACAUUUCUAAUAACAUUCCACACUCCUAAGCCAAUUUAGCAUUUUUUUUUUUUUUUUUUUUUUUUUUUGGUGAGAGUAUCUUCUAACAAGUUCUUGUAUGAUGUGGUUAGGGUAAGGUAUUUCUCAAUAUAUGAAACAAUUCGUCUUAAAUCAUUUGGGGCACAAAAAUGAGCCCGAGGUUACACAUCAUCUUCAGGAACAAAACAAAGCAACUAUGGACAAUCUGGUGACUGUAUUUCCUCCUACCUUCGUUUCUGUUUCUCCAUUAGAAAGAGGUACAGAGAGGGAUCACUGUUUAAAAUUGAGAGAUUCAAAUGAGACUAGCUCACCAGCGAAAGCAGCACUGGACAUACCCCUGGAAAGAACACUGCCCGGACUGUGUGUGCACUGCGGUGUUGCUCAUAAGACACAUGUAAAGGAACGUGUAAACUUCUAUUUCGUGUACUUCCUUGGAACAGACAGCGGGACACUGAGAGUCCUCUGCACUCCGUGGAUUACUAGGUUAACCACCAUGAGUGAACCUGAAACUUUGGACUAUUUGAAACCUCUUUAUCAUUCAUUAUGUCAUCAAACUGAAUAAUUUCCAAAGGAAUCGAUAAUGGAUUAUCAUUGUUGAUACAUAUAUUUAUAGAUAGCCUUCUUUUUCGUAAAGAGUUCUUUAGGAGAAUUAAGAAAAACAGGUAUGGAACACCCACUGGAAAUAGGUCAAGGUCAGGUUUUACCACAGAGACAGCAGAUGUCUCUAAGAUGCCAUUGUUAUGUUGUCAAUUUACAUUGUUCUCCAUUAACUUUGUUUGCUGCUGGUGAAUCGCCUGCCUUUUUAUCUUUAUGGAUAGUGGACCUCUACUGUGGGCAAUUUCAUUUCUCUGUUUAAUGGCAUUCCUAAGCUUUAGUGUGUGAUUUGAUUUUGAAGUUCAUGAAUCUGUUGUAAAUGUACUUCAAUAACCAGCCUUUCCUUGUAUAAAACAGCGUUAUGUGGUCCUCUUAUUCUGUAUUCAUUUUAUAUACCAUAUACCUUUAUCAGUCUCCAUUUACCUUCUCUUUUGAGUUCACUCACCUUCCAGCUUACAUACUGUAAGCUUGACACAACCAAUGUUAGAGAAAUCUGCACAUGCCACGCAGGGUGCCUGGUACAUAACUAUGCCUGAAUCCCUCCUCGGCUUUCCUUUUCCAUUAUCAAAUGCAGCCUUGGAGGGUUUUCCUUUAUCCUGUUAUUUUAUGGAGAAUAUUGGAGUGUCGCUCACUCCUACCAAUAGGAAGUUCUUGGUUUGGGAUUUCCACUCUGUGCAUAUGAUGUGUUAGUGGGGCAGUUUACAUCCGUGUACUUUGUGUAUGUAUCUGCUAGCUUAAGGAAAUGGCCAGAUCACCAUUCUGUACCUAUGGGGAAAUUGUCCUUGGAAAUUAGGCACAUUUCAUAAGUGCCCAAAAUACCAAGUAUUGAACACAAAAAAAUAACAUUUUAAUCCCUCUCCCACUCCAUUUGUCUGGUAGUUCAGCAUCUUCUCGAAAGAGGUCAUGAGAAACUUGGAUGCUGACAUCUGAAACCUCCAUUUCCUUCCUUUCUUGAUAUUCAGAUUAUUUUCAUGUUUAAUGCUACCAAAAACAUAGAAUUUAAUCAUUUUUACCAAAAAAAAAAAAACCCUACUAUUUUAUAAGGUUCACUGGAGCCUUAUCAUUCCAAAAAUACUAAAAAUGACCAGCUGUGAUACUGGUGAUUGACAGGUCUGACCAGUUAUGAAUCUGCCAAACUGGGUUAGGAUAUAAAGGCCCUCCGCCCCUCCUCCUGCUCUCUUAGCACAUCUGCUCGCUCAGAGACACUUCUCUAACUUAGAUUGCUCAUGAAUUUAUUUAGGGUUUUUGUUACUUCUAUGGUAACAAACAUUUUAAUGGCUUCUUUUUUCACCAGAAUACAUUUACAUGUAUAGACUGCCUACUCUGCUUAUGGGCAGGACGUUUUGGAGACAGGAGGAUGGACCUUGUUAUGCUUGAUUUCUUGACAACAAAGAAAAUACCAACAUUUCUCCAAAUAAAUCAUAUUCCCACAUAUCACAGAAAUAUUAAUGAGUCGGGUUCACAAAGAAUGUCUCACGUAUUGUUGGCAUUUGCGUGGAUAUUCUUCAUAGUGUUGUAAAUGUUUCAUUAAGGUGGACAUUUUAAAAAGAUGUAUGUAUCUGAUUUAUCUUUGGGAAAUAUUAUAUUUUUAUUUGUAUUUUUUACAUUUUAAAGUUCAUCUCUAUGUGCAGCUAUUUUUAUAUUGCCAAAAACUCACAUAAAUGCAUAGUAAGAGGGAAAUGGAAAAAAAAAAAACGGCACGCACUGCCUUGUGGGUAUUUUUAUUUUUUUUAAUGUUCCAUGGGCUAGUCUCAUGUACUUGGUUAUUCUAAUAAUGUGCUGUAUCUUUUCACUGUGUAUAUGGUGCAAACCUGAUUGUCUCAGCAGUGUAAAUAUUUAAAAGAUUGGACUUUCCUGUUUGAUUUCUUAUUUGGAUUGUCGUUUUGUUCCAACUGUCAUUAUUGACUCAAAGGCCUGUGAAGGUUCUGAUUUGCAAUUUGAAGAUAAUUGCUUUGGGUUCAUUUUCUAGUUUGUUUCUAAUUUACUUUUAAAACUUGUUUUCAGGGUUCCUAGUUUGUGAGAAGUUGAUCUUCGGAAUUAUUUUUACACUAUUUAUGACUUAUUUUCAUAAUGUAAAAAGUGUGUAAUUAUUACAAUAUUAACCCAAACAAUGAUAAUGAAUUGUAUUGUUAUAAAGUUUUAAUGAUAUUCCUGAGAA